AUGGCGCAUGACUAUGAGCAAGAAAGAUACAUCAACGAGUUUGAUCCAAAGGAUUAUUAUGAAACCUAUUAUAAUCCUAAAUCAGGAGCUUUGGUUGGAGAAUGGACAACUUUUGUUUUAAAGAAUCUUCAUGGAAUCUUUUCUACAGGUAAAAUCUGACAUAGUGCAUCCCUGCGUUUUUAUUAAUAAUCUGUUAACACCAUGAGAUAUUGAUUCACACUGAGAUACACCUUUUUAAUCUAAAUAAAAUAUUUAUUUUAUAAAUGUAAACAUAAAUAUUGUGUGUGGGGGUGUACGCGCGCGUAUGUAUAUAUAUAUAUAUUACACAAUGUUGCAAGAUAUCUUACAUUUAGAGAGAGGCUCAAGAAGAUUAAUGUAAAAUGACAAAAUAAACUAAAAAUAUAUUUUUUUUAAAAUAUGCCAUUCUGCAUACUGUGGGCUUAUAAUUCUGUUGUGAGGCAUAAACAAAAUAAAAAAUGAGUGUCCUUACUUGUUAAAGUAUAACUUUUAAUAGUAAUACUAAAAUCUAGGAAUAAUGUUCCAAAAAUGAUAAUAAACUAAAGUAUAUACAUUCUAAUAUUCAGCAGUGUGAUGAACCAAUGAAUAUAUGUUCUCUAAUUGGUAACUUGUCAGUCGGAGAAUAUGUAGAGAAACCCUAUAAGAUCUUUGAUGAAAUACAGGGCUAAAAAUAGAUCCUAUUUGAAGUAUAUCCAAACCUUAUCUGGUAAAAUCUGCACUAGUUUGCUUUACAGUCUACAUUAGCUAGCGUUUACAGUCUACAUUAGCUAGUGUCUACAGUCUACAUGUCACUAACUACAGAGAUGUGGAUACAUAGUGAUACACCAAAGAUUGUAACAAUUAAAGUGCAGUGUAAUAACCUAGGACAGUGGUUCCCAACAUUUUUUGACUUGAGUACUCCUUGGCAGACCAUUUCCAUAAAUCAUACCCACAUAUUAGCAAAAUUGUGUAAUUAAUAUAGUUGCUAUUAUUUCAAAUGUUUACGUUUUUCUCUGCCUAAUUUCCCCUUUUUGACAGUGGGUGUGGGAGUGUGACAGUGUGGGUUCAGUGUGUGGAAAUGUGACUUUGUGAGGAGGCAGUGUGUGGGAGGAUGAUCGUGUGGGAGGACAUGUGACAGUGUGACAGUGUGGGGGAGGUGGGUGACAGGGGGAGGACAGGUGACAAAGCGUGGGGGCAGAGUGUGGGGAGGGGGACAGUGUGGAAGGAGAAUAGGUGACAGUGUGUUGGGGCAGUGUUUGGAGAUUGACCAUGUGUGGGAUGCUGGCGACAGCUUGGAGAAGGUUUAUGACAGUGUGAGGUGACAAAUGUGGAUGUGUGUGACAGUGUGGGAGGAAGACAGGUGGAAGUGGGGAGCAGCGUGUGGGAGGGUACAGUGUGAGGAGGAAGAGGGCAGUGUGGGAGAGGGCAGGUGACAGUGUGUGGGAGGGGAGGUGACAGUGUGUGGAAAGGAGUGACAGAGGGUGGCAAUUUGGGAGCAGUGUAUGGGAAGAGGUGUCAGGUGUGGGAGGGAGACAGCGGUGAGGGAAGUGACAGUGUGACAGCGGGAGGAAGGCAGUGGAAGUGUGAAAGGGUGGCAGCUGGGAGAGAGGCAGUGACAAUGUGGUAGAAGGCGACAGUGGGAGUGGCGUGACAGAGGUGGUAGAGGCGGCGGUGGGGAGGGCAGUGACAGUGUGGGAGGGAGACAGUGGGGAGGGCAGUGCAGCUAUUGGGAGGGCAGUGACAGUGUGGGAGGGGGUGGGGAGGGGGCAGUGACAGUGUGAGAGGGUGCAGUGGAAAGGACAGUGGGGAGGGAGACGGUGGGAAGGGCAGUGUGGGAGGAAACACAGGGGUUGGCAGUGGAAGUGUGGAAGGAUGACAGUGGGGAGGGUGGCAGUGUGGAAGGGAGACAGUGUGGCAGUGGCAGUGUGGGAGGAUGAAUGUGGGGAGGGAGAUUGGAGAUGGAGGCAGUGGCAGAGGGGAAGAGUGACAGUGGGGAAGGAUGCAGUGGAAGUGUGGGAGGAUGAAAGUGGGGAAGGAGAAUGGAGAAGGGGCAGUGGCAGUGGGGAGGAUGACAGUAGGGGGUGCAGUGACAGUGUGGGAGGGAGACAGUAGGGAAGAGGGCAGUAAUAGUGAGGUAAGGAAACGGUGGGGAGGGGGAAGUGGCAGUGGGCAGGGGGCAGUAGCAGUGGGGGCGGGGCAGUGGCAGUGUUGGAGAGUGACAGUGGCGAGGGAGGCAGUGGCAGUGUGUGAGGGAGACAGUGGGGAGGGGGCAGUGGUAGUGUGGGAGGGUGGCAGUGUGGGAGGCUUACAGUGGGGAGGGGGGCAGUAGCAGUGUGGGAGGGAGACAGAGGGGAGGUGGCAGUGUGGAAGGGAAACAGUGGGGAGGGGGGCAGUGACAGUGUUAGAGGGUGACGGUGGGGAGAUGACAGAGUCAGUGUGAGAUUUUUUUUUCAUAUUAUCCACAGAGGCUAUUCUUGUGCUCUCCGCAGCAUUGCUCAUCACAGCUGAUGAUUACAUACUGAGCGUUCUGGCUGAUAUAUUUUGUGUGUAUUGAACACAUCGCUGUACACACACUAUUUGAUAGAGGGUUCUGUAACCUUUUUGAACAGGACUUUGUAAUCAUAUUAGCCAGUUCACUUCUGUUACUACCUUCCUAGGGAAGCCUGAGCUCACAUCUUUUUUCUAGCCGUUUUGUUACAUUAUGGUCUUAUUAUAGACAGUCUACAUUCAUCACACUGAGAUAACUUUUUCAUUAUCUGCAUAGUAAGUGCUACUCUAUUUGGCCCCUGUGGAUUGCAAAACUUUGUUUUGCACACACUAUCGGGUGAAGGUUUCUGAAAACUUUUGAACAGAACCUUCCAAUGAUUAUAUACAUUUUAGUUACUACAGGGAGUGCAGAAUUAUUAGGCAAAUGAGUAUUUUGACCACAUCAUCCUCUUUAUGCAUGUUGUCUUACUCCAAGCUGUAUAGGCUCGAAAGCCUACUACCAAUUAUGCAUAUUAGGUGAUGUGCAUCUCUGUAAUGAGAAGGGGUGUGGUCUAAUGACAUCAACACUCUAUAUCAGGUGUGCAUAAUUAUUAGGCAACUUCCUUUCCUUUGGCAAAAUGGGUCAAAAGAAGGACUUGACAGGCUCAGAAAAGUCAAAAUAGUGAGAUAUCUUGCAGAGGGAUGCAGCACUCUUAAAAUUGCAAAGCUUCUGAAGCGUGAUCAUCGAACAAUCAAGCGUUUCAUUCAAAACAGUCAACAGGGUCGCAAGAAGCGUGUGGAAAAACCAAGGCGCAAAAUAACUGCCCAUGAACUGAGAAGUCAAGCGUGCAGCUGCCACGAUGCCACUUGCCACCAGUUUGGCCAUAUUUCAGAGCUGCAACAUCACUGGAGUGCCCAAAAGCACAAGGUGUGCAAUACUCAGAGACAUGGCCAAGGUAAGAAAGGCUGAAAGGCGACCACCACUGAACAAGACACACAAGCUGAAACGUCAAGACUGGGCCAAGAAAUAUCUCAAGACUGAUUUUUCUAAGGUUUUAUGGACUGAUGAAAUGAGAGUGAGUCUUGAUGGGCCAGAUGGAUGGGCCCGUGGCUGGAUUGGUAAAGGGCAGAGAGCUCCAGUCCGACUCAGACGCCAGCAAGGUGGAGGUGGAGUACUGGUUUGGGCUGGUAUCAUCAAAGAUGAGCUUGUGGGGCCUUUUUGGGUUGAGGAUGGAGUCAAGCUCAACUCCCAGUCCUACUGCCAGUUCCUGGAAGACACCUUCUUCAAGCAGUGGUACAGGAAGAAGUCUGCAUCCUUCAAGAAAAACAUGAUUUUCAUACAGGACAAUGCUCCAUCACACGCGUCCAAGUACUCCACAGCGUGGCUGGCAAGAAAGGGUAUAAAAGAAGGAAAUCUAAUGACAUGGCCUCCUUGUUCACCUGAUCUGAACCCCAUUGAGAACCUGUGGUCCAUUAUCAAAUGUGAGAUUUACAAGGAGGGAAAACAGUACACCUCUCUGAACAGUGUCUGGGAGGCUGUGGUUGCUGCUGCACGCAAUGUUGAUGGUGAACAGAUCAAAACACUGACAGAAUCCAUGGAUGGCAGGCUUUUGAGUGUCCUUGCAAAGAAAGGUGGCUAUAUUGGUCACUGAUUUGUUUUUGUUUUGUUUUUGAAUGUCAGAAAUGUAUAUUUGUGAAUGUUGAGAUGUUAUAUUGGUUUCACUGGUAAUAAUAAAUAAUUGAAAUGGGUAUAUAUUUGUUUUUUGUUAAGUUGCCUAAUAAUUAUGCACAGUAAUAGUCACCUGCACACACAGAUAUCCCCUAACAUAGCUAUAACUAAAAACAAACUAAAAACUACUUCCAAAAAUAUUCAGCUUUGAUAUUAAUGAGUUUUUUGGGUUCAUUGAGAACAUGGUUGUUGUUCAAUAAUAAAAUUAAUCCUCAAAAAUACAAUUUGCCUAAUAAUUCUGCACUCCCUGUAUUAUUUAAUUUCUCUACAUAUUCUCCAACUGACAAGUUACCAAUUAGAGAAUAUAUAUAUUCAUUGGUUCAUUACAUUUCUGGAUAUUAGAAUGUAUAUACUUUAAUUUAUUAUCAUUUUUAGAACAUUAUUCCUAUCAUGGAAACUUACAAGUUAGGACACUCUUUUUUUCUUUUGUUUAUCUCUUUAGUCCAUGGGUUAACCCCAAUACGAGUGCUCCUUAAGCUUCCUUCUUCCUACUUUGUUGGGAGGCAUACUUCAUGUAUACUUGAUGUGAGUAGAGUUAAAUCCCUGCUGACACCAUGGAGCCCCAGGUACUUGGUGCCCCCCUUUGUCUGCUGGUGCCAUUGUUAGUUGCUCCAUACCUUUGAUGAGCUGGUUUCUUUAAGCAUUUAAAUGCAUACUAGUGAUUUUGGUGUGAGCAAGGCUAAAUUCCAUUAACCCCAAGAAUCAAUGGAUUCCCGUGGGUCCUGUUAGUAAACUGGGGCACUGUUUAGUGGCUCCAGAAUGGCAGAUUAGCACUGCACAGAGCUGGAAGUCAGUUUAACACCAAGCACUUUAAACUCAUUCAUAAAAGUGGUUCUGAGCAAUUACGCUCUGCCGUGGUUUUCUGGAGUGUAGGCAGCUUUGGAGAGACCAGGGUCUUCAACAGUGUAAUUCUGAAAAUUUAUAUUAAAGGACCACUAUAGGCACCCAGACCACUUCGCACUUCUCAUUGUGAUAUUCACAGUGAGAAGAUGUCAGCAUCCAUAGGAAAGCAUUGAAAAUGCUUUCCUAUGGACUGGCUGAAUGCCCGAUGACGGAAGAAGAGGGAGGAGAGUCCCAGCUCCGAGGGAGCCCGGCGCUGGAAAAAGGUAAGGGAUUAACCCCUUCCUCAAUCUAGAGCCCGGCGUGAGUGUUACCCACCCAUUGUGGGGGCACCCUCAGGGCACUAUAGUGCCAGGAAAACUAGUAUGUUUUCCUGGCACUAUAGUGGUCCUUUAACAGUGGGUUACCAUGAGGGUAAGGUUAGAUGUAUGGUUAAGAGUAGGGUAGGGUUAGGGUAAGGUAUUGGAUAAUGCUGUUUUAGGGUUAGAUAUAGUGUAGGGCUCAGUUUAAUGGUAAGAUUAGGGUAGGUACACAGUUAAUUAGUGUAAGUAUUGGGUAAGGGGUAUGGUUGGUAUAGAGUUAGCAUUAACUUUCAAAAAUGAAUUUUAGAUGUUAAACAUUUAACAACCAGGAUGAUAUAUAAAUCAAUUUUUUGUUAUUUUUAGUUGGUUGCACUGGAUGUGCAAAAAUUAUUAUAAGUAAAACACAAAACACCCUCAUUUCUUAACAUUAUAUGCACAUGUAGUGUUAUGUUUGGUAUACAUACUAAAUGAUUAAAAAAAAAUUAAAUAAAUAUGAGAUGGAUAUCCCUCUUAUGUGAAGAGAAAGCCUUAAACUUCAGUGGAACAAACCUAUAGCUCAUAUAUAAGGAUUUGUUUUGUUUCAGAACGUGGACAAUUGUCUCUGUCCUUAAGGGGUUAAUGCAUUAAUACCAUCUGGAAAACAAACCAUGUUCUUCAAAGCAGAACCAUCACACCCUUCACUUCCUCUAUCUUGCUGUCUUUUCUUUUUUUUCAUUUUUCAUCUAUUUUUAACUAAAAACCUAGUGAUGGCUGCUGUGAAUUGGCUCUGUCUGUGGAGGAUUCUCCCGGUAUCCUCCAUAGACCUCAUUGCGUAAUCUAACAUAUGCUGUUUUCACUGAACACAUUCUUGUAAAAGUGCUCUCAAAAGUAUCCAAACUGGUAGGAUUGUUAAUGGCUCAUGCCCUCAAUGUGCUAUCUAUAUCAGACCGAUUUGUAAUAAAUUUACAAAUGUAUUUACUUUUUUAAUGUUGCUACUAGUAUAAUUGCUUCUUAUAAAAUCACAGCAAUUACCCCCAAGUGACUGUAUCCCAAUACAUGUUGUGAGAGAAUUAUAUGCAAUGCAUGGAUAAUCAAUGCAUUCAGAGAUCUUCUAUUUCCGUGUUAAUAUUUUGACUUCUUCAUCAGGUAAUAUCGUAGGGGAUACCUUGAUUGAUUUUGGUGCUGGGCCGAGCAUCCUUAAUCUCCUUUCAGCCUGUGAGGUGUUUAAGAAUAUUAUUACUUCUGACUUUCUUGAGCAAAACCGUGCUCAGCUGAAUAGAUGGCUAAAAAAGGAACCUGGGGCAUUUGACUGGACUCCAGCUGUCAAGUUUGUAUGUGAGCUUGAAGGAAACAGGUAUGUCUCCAUUUUAGAUUAUUAUUAUGUUAUUAUUUAUAUAGAGCCAACAAAUCCCACAGUGCUUUACAGUGGGUGGACGAACAGAUGUAGUUGUAGCCAGACAAGUUGAACGCACAGGAACAGAGGGGUUGAGGGACCUGCUCAAUGAGCUUACAUGCUAGAGGGAGUGGGGUAAAGUGACACAAAAGGUAAGGAUAGUAUUAGAGAAGUAAUGACAUUUGCAGGAGAGGAAUCAGUUGGGAGGGAGGGAAGAGAGUUCGACAGGAACGGUGCAGCCCUCAGGAAGUCUUGAAAGCGAGCAUCAGAGGUGGGAGUACGGACAAAAGAUAGACGUACGUCUUCAGCAAAGCGUAACGGCCUAGACGGGACAUACUUGUGUAUUAGGGAGGAUAGAUAGGUGGGAGCAGCAUUAUGUAGAGAUUUGAAAGCAAGAACCAGAAUUUAAAUGUAAGCCUAUGUAGGGACUGACAGAAGGGUGAAGCGUGGGAGGUGUGGGCGGACAGGAAGAUGAGCCGCAUUCAUUAUGGACUGUAACAGCAUAAGUUGGGAACACGUAAGACCACUGAGAAGCGGAUUACAGUUUUCAAGGCGAGAAAGGACAGUGGAAUGGACUAGCACCUUAGUCACAUCUGGUGUUAAGUAGGGUCGGAUGCCCACUAUGUUUUUGAGAUGGAAAUGACAGGAUUUGGCGAUAGAUUGAACAUGAGGCAUGAAGGAGAAUUUGGAGUCAAAGAGAAGACCUAGGCAGCGAACCUGCUUGGUGGAGCUGAUGGUAGCUCCAUUGACUUGGAGGGAGACAGACACAGGAGGAGCAACACUUGAGGACCAGAAUUUCAGUUUUGUCAAGUUAAGUUUAAGGCAGUUAGAGACACUAGUCAAGAGGGACGGGGAGAGAGAUCAGGAGAGGACAGAUCAAUUUGCCUGUCAUCCGCAUAGAAAUGAUAUUGGAAGCCAAAGGAGCUAAUGAGUUUACCAAGGGAGGCAGUAUAGAUGGAGAACAGUAGGGGACCAAGGACUGAACCUUGGGGGACACCAACAUUGGAGUUGGGGAGAAGAAGCAGAGCUAGAGAAAGAAACACUGAAGAAGCGCUGGGAGAGGUAGGAGGAGCACCAGGAGAGAGCAAUAUCUUGUAGACAGAGGAUAAGAAGGAAGCUGAUGAUGAUCAACAGUGUCAAAAGCCGCAGAAAGGUCAAGGAGAAUUAGGAUAGAUUAGUGACCAUGAGAGUUUGCAGCGGGUAGAUCAUUGGAUACUUUAGUCAGUUUACACAGAGUGCUUAGCGUGGAAACCAGACUGAAGCGGGUCUAGCAGAGAGUUGGACUUGAGGAAGUCUGCCAAUCUCGCAUACACAACUCUUUCAAGGAUCUUGGAUGCAAAAGGCAGUAGCGAGAUAGGACGGUAGAUGGAUGGGGAGUUAGGGUCAAGGUUGGGCUUCGUUAGAAUUGGGGUUAUAGUUGCAUGUUUAAAGGGGGCGAUGGAAAUAUGCCAGAGGAGAGAGAGAGAUUGCGUUACGGCCCUUGGCUUGCCGCAAGGUGCGGAAGCACCUGACCGGUGCGGCUGCGCUGACGUACUGAGCCUACUUGCUCAGUCAGAAGUCGCUCCGCCGGAUCCUCCUAGCCGCCUGCCCUGAAGAAAUAUGGUGCCGACCACAGCCCUGAAGUUCCCUAGUUCAUUGCUCUGUCGUGGUUUCUGUUCCUGGUUCCUGAGAGUGCAUUUUUUUGUCCUGUUUUUGAUAUUUCUGGUAUAUUGACCUUGGCUAUUCCUGACUAUUCUGAUUUCUGGCUUCCUGACUUUGGCUAUCCCUUGACCAUUCUCUGUCUUUAACGUAUUAGUCCGGCCAUUUUAAGGACCGAUUUACGUUUUAUCCUAUUCUGUUCUGCCUAUGUUGACGUUACAUAGUUCUGCGUGUUGGACCAUACUAGCAGUAGUGACAGAUUGAGAAUUUUACUGAGAGGUAGAGAAAGCGAAGGAGACAGAGUAUGGAUGAGAUGCAAGGGAAUUGGAUCUAGGGAGCAGGUGGUGGGGUGGGGAGACUGGAGCAGAGCAGAAACCUCUUCCGCUGUAGCGGGUGCGAAUAAACAUAGAACAGCAGAGGGAGUGAGGUUAGGGGAAGUAUUGUAAGGGGAAGAAGAAAGAUGAGAGAUUUCUUCCUUGAUUGUAGAGAUCUUGUCAGUGAAGGGAGUUGCAAAGUCUGAGGCGGUCAAGUUAGUAGGUGGAGGAGGAACAAUAGGGCGAAGAGGAGAGUUAAAUGUGUGAAACAGUCGUUUUGGGUUCCCAGGAGAGUGUGGUUAUGAGGGUAUUGAAGUAAUUUACAUUUGCAGGGGAAAGAGCCAAGCUGUAUGAGCGCAGCACAAAUUUCUAGUGGAGAAAGUCAGAUGCACAGUGACACUUUCUCCAAAAGCAUACAGCAGUUCUGGAGCAUUUUUGGAGGUAUUGAGUGAUCUUGGUGUGCCAAGGUUGUUGUUGGGGGCACUUGCUGCAUUUUAAAUGUAGGAGGUGCCAUGAUGUCUAGUUGAAAGGAGAGGGUCGAAUUGUAUAAGGAGGUUGCAGAGCUAGGACAGUUUGGAGAGUCAAAAGUAGAGUUUGGAGAUAAGUGGAGAAAUGUUCUAGGUAAAGACAUUGGAGGUUUCUGUGAGAUUGAUGUUCAGACGGUGGUGUCAAUUGGGUCUUAAGUAUGCCGAUGUCAAAAAUCAGCAGAUGAUGGUCAGAUAGAGGAAAAGGAAUAUUGGAGAUAUUAGAAGCGAUACAGAGAUUGGUGAAGGCGAGAUCAAGAGUUUUUUCCGCUGUAUGGGUUGCUAAAUUGGACCAUUGCGUAAGACCAAAGGAGGAGGUUACAGAGAGCAGACGAGAGGCAUUAGUGCAGUUGGGGUUGUUGAUUGGGAUAUUGAAAUCCCCAAGUAGAAGAAGUGGGUUUCAAUAGGCAGACAGUGUGAACUUCAAAAGAAGAAAAGGAUAAGGCAGGGGGAGUUAUGAUUGGUUGAAAGUUACAUUGAGGGGAAAGAAGAAUGCCGACACCACCUCCUUUACAGUUGAGUCUGGGAGUGUGAGAGAAUUGUAGCCCACCAAAACAAAAUGAGGCGGGAGUAGUGCUAUCAGAGCGGGACAGCCAGGUCCCUGUAAGUGCCAGUAGUGUGAGUGAGUUUGAGAUGAAAAAGUUGUGUAUGGCUGUUGAUUUUAAAUUACUGCAGAUGGAGCAGCAGUUCCAGAGUGCAUGAAUGUUCAUGAAUGUUUGUAAUUGACGGUAAAGGGCAGGGUAUUGUGAUGAGGUUUGUGCGGUUUCUGGUUUUCUUAGUGUGUGUAGAGAAGAUGAAGGGCCCUGGUUUGGGAGAGACAUCACCAGUUGCUAAAAGCAAAAGGAGAGAAAGUGACAGGAGGUGUGAAUGGGUUUUGUAUGCAUGGGGUCUAGGAUGAGAUUGAUUGAGGGUAGGAGUGAGAGAGUAGAAAAAUGAGUAUAAGGUAUGAGGUGAGAGAAGGGGGAGUGUAGCAGAGAGGGGCUGUAAUGAAAUCCCUUAUUUACAGACCAUACGAACAAGCCUGUUCGGUUAUUUGGAGGAUUACAGCAGGAUUUCGUGAAAAUAGCCAUAAAAGCGAAUAAACUACCGAACCACCGACCUCCCACUGAGGUCGUGUGGCGCCUAUUGACCACCCUGACUGUUGCGGUUAACCACAGACUAAUUGGGGAAUAGCUGGUGGUCCGCGUUCGUUUACCGAACAUGUGGAAAUCGCCAUUUUGUAUUGUCGAACGCUCAGCAGUAAAUGGCGAGGAUUCCCUGGAACUGAUUUCGGCUACUUAUUUUGUCGAACACCGCUGCUACCUCCUCCCAUCCUCGUUCGUACGGUGGAAAAACACACGAAUGAAGGGGAUACUACUUCAUUCAUGCGCUGAAAGUAUGCGAAAGUGACCGACCCCAGAUAGCUAUAGUAUGGAACUUGUAGUCGGCUACAAACACACGAACGGCCGGUGAAAGUCAAACUUCAGUCGACGAUUCUGAGAACUGUGUUCGUGGGAUCUGAGCGCUAUUCACCUACAAUAUGCACUCAGAUCCAAGCUAUCUGGGGAUAUGUGGAACUUACAGUUUAUGUUGUGUAAAAAGAAAGUUAUAUAUUUUUAUUCUGUUUUGCUGAAAUAAGAAAAGCCAUGUUUCUUUCUUCCUGGAGAUAAUUAAGGCUCGCUUUGUUACCUUAAGUUAAUUAUCUCCAGGAUGGAAAAGAGGGAGUGAUUUAUGGAAAGGGGAGUGCUUAUGCUAUAGUCACUGUGAUUGGCUACUGUGAUACUUUUGUCCCAGUCUUCCAUCUGGUCCCCUAGGGGAGUGUCCACCAGGUGGGAAACCUGCAUAAAUACCGGGCGGGUAGCCCACAGUAAAUCAGAUCGUUUUACCCCUUCAUGAAGUCUCGACUCAUGUUUGGGGGAUUGGGAGUUAUAAUCACUUUGUUUCAGCUGGAUUUCGGGAGAAGCUGCAAGGAUCAUCGCUGCACGAAUAGAAGGAUCCUUUACAGGGGCAUAUGUAAAUAUGGAUGGGGAUGAGUGAAGGGGGUGUAAGGAGAGAUUUUUAUAGUGAGGGAGAAGGAGAAAAUAAAGAGGAGGAGAAGACAGAUCAUUGCUAAACUGGAAAAAAGUAAAUUAGAAAUAAUUGGAAUAUCAAGAGCAGGUGAAGUUAGGGUAAAUAUUAAGUUUUAUGGGUUAAGAAAGUGCAUGAGUGUAUUAAUAAGAGGCAGUGUGUACACCUGUUAUUUUCACUUAUCUAAAAUAUGGGUCUACUCUUUAGACCAGUACAACCUUGCAUCAAUGUCCAUGUUGAAGCAUAAUUAAAAAAAUAAAAUAAUAAAGUAGGGCAUGCAGAAUUUCUAUAAAACCAUAUCUUGUCUAAUGUACUGUUUCAACAGUGACAAUUGUGAGAAAAAGGAAGAGAAAGUGAGGAAAGCUGUGAAACGGGUUCUACAAUGUGACGCACUAAAAAAUAAUCCAUAUGAACCAAUCGUUUUGGAACCAGCUGAUUGCCUCUUGAGCUGUCUCUGCUUAGAAGUCCCAUGUGUGAAUGCAGCCGCUUACUGCAACACCCUUAAAAAUUUCAUGGACUUGCUCAAGCCAGGGGGCCAUAUCAUAAUACAGAGUGUACUAAAUUGUACAUUUUAUUACAUUGGGAACAAGAGAUUUUCGUGUCUGGCAAUGACAAAAGAAGAGAUUGAAACGGCUUUUAGAGAAGCUGGUUAUGAAAUUAAGAAGAUGGAUGUUGUCCCUCGAGAAGACAGAUCGAGGAUGGACCUCGCUGAUUACGAUAGUUUAUAUUGCGUGUAUGCCCGUAAACCAGCUACUGUGUGA